AUGGCUACCCAAAAUGUCAAUAUUUUGCUCGCGUCCUUCCCAGGACUUGCGCUUCCACCAACCCUUUCUUUCGCCUUGCCCUCCACAGCGAGCGUCUCAGAUCUCACGGAGAAAGUCGCGUCUUUCCUCCCAUCCUCACUUUCGCUCAAAUCUCUACUUUUAACCACCACAAGCAACAAACAAGUCACCUCAUCCGCGCAAUGUAUCGGAUCUUUCAUUUCCUCCGAUUCCGGCUCUACCUCUUCCCUUCUUCCGCUGCGGCUGACCGCCCGAACAUGCGGUGGUAAAGGCGGCUUCGGAUCACAGCUGCGUGCCGCAGGUGGUCGCAUGUCCAGCAAGCGCAAGCGCAACCAGGGCGACAACAACAGCUCAAGCCGCAACCUCGAUGGCCGCCGUUUACGGACCGUCAACGAAGCGAAAGCGCUCGCAGAAUAUUUAGCUGUCAAACCCGAAAUGGACAAGAAGGAAAAAGAAGAACGCCAACGCCGCUGGCAAGCCGUGGUCGAAGUCGCCGAAAAGCGCCAAGACGAAAUCAAGAACGGCAACGGAAAGGGAAAGGUCGACGGACAAUGGAUGGAAGAUAAAGAGGAGAUGAAUGAGAAGGCUCGCGAGGCGGUCUUGCAGGCCAUGAAGGACGGCGCUUGGACCGACAACCUCCGGGAUGCAAUCUUGGGUGGUUCCAGCACCAGCGCCAGUGACGAUGGCAGUGACGAUGAAGACAUGUCUAGCGAGGAUGAAGAGAGCGAAGGAAAUGGUGAAUCAAGUGCCGCUGCCGCUGCCGCGCCUCAAAAGGCUGCUUCCCGGAAGUUCAUUGGUUUUGACGAGGACGAUGAGUUCAUGAGUGAUUCCGAGGACGAGGAAAUGGACCAAUCCACCAAGGGUAAAGGAAAGGCUCGGGCUUGA